CGAACAUGCAACGUUGAAUCUUUUUUCACGUAGCGAACGACCCGACCGAGCGCCGAGGCACAGAUGUAGUUCGACCGCCGGUCAUUGCCUUCCUCCUGCUGGUUCCUCCCCCGCCGUUCGCCUAACACGAUCGCGCCCGGUCUGGCGACGAUGCAGUCAUGGCGUCUGACCGCAUCUCCACCGUUAUUGACAGCCUGAUAAGCCAUCUGGUUCCCAAUAAGCCCAACGAGGACGAGGACGCCGUGCAAGAGAGGCACGAUGCCUGCUUUGAAAUUGUCAAAUCCAUAAUUGACAGCCCUCCAAGCCCCGGAAUAUCCUCCGACGUUAAUCAUGCCUCCGACCUCAUUAAGCGCAAGCUCAUCCAGGCCGACCCGAACGACGCCCUUCGCUUCUCUAACCUCUAUUCGAGGCUUUUGGCUCUACCUGUGCUCAAGCACAAGUGGGCCAUCCUAUAUCUCCUCUAUCAGCUCUCCGACUCCCCAGACCCCGACGAGCCAAUACCCCUGAGCCCGGUGAGACCAUCGGCGCCAAACUAUCGGGAAACCAUCAACCGUGAGGCUCUCAAGCGCCAGAGUAGAGAUCGCUCAAAGACAUCGACCCCAGUGUCGCGACUCGAGGCGGAGCAGUUCAAAGAUGCGUUCCAGCCAGACGGACUUCGGAAGCUACCGGCCAAGGAACCAGGGCAGGUCGACAACGACAAGCACAACCCACCGAGGAGGGACGUGUCCCUAAAGUCCACCCUUCUCGCUAGCAACAAUGCUGAAAGCGAUCCUCCAGAAGCUGCCAUUCUUCGCGACCUCCCCUACACCCUCCAAGGCGUCUCCUCUACCACUCUACCCUUCUUGAACCAGGCAACGUUGAAACUACCGCCGACACUCCCUCUCCCUUUGCUUUCUCUUCUUCACACCUUGGCAGAACCGUCUCUACUCUAUCGCGGUCUGGAUGCGUUUUGCAAGACCCCCGCUCAAGGUCUGCUGGGGCAGAGCUUACGAUCCGCCAUUAGCGGCGAAUUGCGUUCCUAUCUGAGCCUCAUCGCGACCCUCGAGGCGCAGAUUCGAAGGGCGCUCUCAACCAUAGACGAUAGUUCCCCACCCGGCGCCAUUGGGAAAGCCGGCGUGACCCUCAAAAGAUGUGUGGUCUGGACGCGAGAGGCGACGAUGGGCCUGCGAUUGAUGAGCUUGAUUGCUGAGGAGUCUGAGAGCCAAAAAGGAGGACAGCUCAUCACCUUGAUUCACAGCUUUUCCUCGUCUCAUGGCGAUCCGGUGGUCGCCGCUUUUGCGGAACGACUGCUCGGAAGCUUCACACGCCCCUUCUACGACAUCUUGCGCCACUGGAUAUACGACGGCGAGCUUCUCGACCCCUAUCGCGAGUUCUUCGUCAGAGAGCAGCUUGCCAACGGCGACAUCAACAAGAAAAAGGUGGCAGGCAACGUGUGGGAGGACAAAUAUGAGAUCGACCAUGACAUGAUACCCAGCAUCAUCACGCAAGACUUUGCUCAAAAGGUGUUCCUGAUCGGCAAGUCACUCAACUUCAUCCGCCACAGCUGUGGUGACUCGGUCUGGGUGGAGGACUACUCCAAAGCGGCUUCCAAGGAGCUCAGGUACGGUGACACGGCAACUCUCGAGGCGUGGAUCGACGAAGCAUACAAGACGACUAUGAAGCGUCUGAUGGAUCUCAUGGCCAACAGAUUCAACCUAUUUGAUCAUCUCCAAGCCUUGAAGAACUAUCUUCUCCUCGGCCAAGGGGACUUUAUUGCCUUGUUGAUGGAGUCUUUGGCUGCGAACCUGGACCGGCCCGCCGGGGCACAAUAUAGGCACGCUCUUACGGCUCAGCUCGAGCACGCAAUCCGAGGGUCGAAUGCACAGUACGACUCUCCCGAGGUCUUGCGCCGGCUGGAUGCCCGGAUGCUGCAGCUGUCCCAUGGAGACAUCGGUUGGGACUGCUUUACCCUCGAGUACAAGAUCGACGCACCCGUCGAUGUUGUCGUGACGGAAUGGGGAAACCGCCAGUACCUCAAGGUGUUCAACUUCCUGUGGCGGAUAAAGAGGGUUGAGUUCGCGCUACUCACGUCGUGGCGAAACUGCAUGACGGGCUCGCGCGGCGUCCUGCAAAGCUCGGACCCGGCCGUGAUGCAGACAUGGAAGUCGACCCGUGGGACACUCGCGGAAAUGAUACACUUUGUGGGCCAGCUGCAGUACUACAUUCUCUUCGAAGUCAUCGAGUCGUCAUGGGGUGAGCUGCAGAAGCGGAUCCAGAAGGAGGACUGUACGCUUGACGACCUCAUCAAGGCCCACGAGCGUUACCUCACCAACAUCACGCACAAGGGCCUCCUCGGCGCGAAGCGCAAGCUCCACGGCUUGGACGAGGACGACCGCGCGUCGUACCUCGCCCAGCUGAGCGAGCUCCUGCGCCUCAUGCUCCACUACAGAGACUCCAUGGACGGUCUGUACAGCUGGAGCUUGUCCGACUUUACACGCCGGCAGGAGGCCGACGUGCGCGGGCACGUUCUCCUCGACGACGGCCCGGCGAACGGCGCCGUGCCAUCCGAGUUCCCCGUGCUGCAGGAGCGGCUGCGCAACCUGGGCCAGUCGUUCCGUUCGCGGCUCCAAGUACUGCUGGGCGACCUCGCUUACCAGCCCGACGUGGACAUGCGCUUCCUCGGCGUGGCCAUGAACUUCAACGACGUCUACCAGCCAACGAAACGGCGCAGCAAGGCUCCAGUCGCCACCGGCGGUGGUGCGACGUCGUCGGCCAACACUUCCAAGGGGUGACGAUGAGUGGGCGGCUGAAAGACGGUGUCACGGCGUUUUGCUUGCCAUCCAUCCGGUGGCGUUGUGAUGUUUGGGGAAGUUUUUGUCUGCGUGCCGUCGACUCGCGCGCUGCGCCCCUUUCUUGUCUUUGAUGGCGCUUCUCGGGC